GCAAAGGUAUAAAGGGAGCCGCCGCUUUGACGCGCCGCCUUUUCUGUGAUUUGAUUUUGGACGUAGUGCAUCGCAAUAAUUAUUCAAAAUUCGAUUCGAUCAUGGCGGGUAUGGAGCAAGGUAGCAACGCGCUGACGCGGAAACUCUUGGAUUUGAUGGAGAGGUCUGGAUACCCGAUAGUCCAGCAUAACGGGCAGAGGAAGUUUGGACCACCGUCGGACUGGCUGGGUCCUCCACCACCGAAAGGCUGCGAAGUUUUCGUCGGGAAACUUCCUCGCGAAAUCUUCGAGGACGAGCUGGUCCCCAUCUUCUCCGGGAUGGGCAAGAUCUACGAAAUGCGCUUGAUGAUGGAUUUUUCCGGCUCAAACCGAGGGUACGCCUUCGUCACUUUCACUACGCAGGCCGAAGCCUUCAGGGCUGUGAGGGAGCUGAAUGGCUACGAAAUCAGACCGGGGAGGCACAUUGGGGUCGUCAAAUCCGUGGACAAUUGCCGCCUGUUCGUCGGGAGCAUUCCGAAGACCAAAACAAAAGAGGACAUCUUGCAAGAACUGUCCAAGAGGGUUACAGGAAUCGUGGACGUGAUACUGUAUAAGAACUGCUUCGAUAAGAAGUUGAACCGAGGAUUUGCCUUCGUCGAAUUCGAGUCUCACCGCGCGGCAGCGAUGGCGCGGCGAGCGCUCGUCCCUGGCUGCGUGAAGCUGUGGGACCAGGAAGUGAUGGUGGACUGGGCUGAACCGGAGCCGCAAAUUGACGACGAGCAGAUGAAGAGGGUAAAAGUGCUGUACGUGCGAAACUUCCAAAUUGAAACCACCCCUGAUACUAUCCAAUCCCUUUUCGAAUCUGCUAUAAAUAACAAAAUUGAACGGGUCAAAAAGAUCUAUGAUUACGCUUUCAUACAUUUCCUAACAAGGGAACAUGCAGAGCUUGCGAUGGCAAAACUGCAAAACACUGAAAUAGAUGGUAGUGUUAUAGAGAUCCGUUGGGCUAAGCCUGUUGAAAGAGAGUUAUACCGAAUUCAAAAACUGAAACGUGGCAAUGCGAAGUUCAAUAACAGCCUUGACCUGUCUCAAACUCUCUUGCUUUACAAACAGCAUCUUGCGAAGAAAGAAUACGCAAACUCUCCGAAGGAAGACGAAGGUAUUGGCUCUGUCUGUAGUUCACCGACUGACGUGAAACCGUUCGGGUCCACACCACCGAAGGACAACUAUUACACAUUGGCUCCUGCAAAACUUGAUGCCAUGUGCAAGAGGUACAUGUGGGCCCCACCUGUCUACAACUACUCCAAGUACAUGGAUGCAUCCGGUGCUGAGCUGUGGGUGGCCAGAGUUGAAUUGCCACAGGUGGGAAUGCCUCUUCUGUCAGUGCCGCGACGAGUGGGGCCGCUGGUCACGCAGCCGUGCCUCUCCAUGCAGCAGUCGCAUGUGGAAGCUGCUCAGAAUAUUCUGCACUGCAUACAGAUGCUUCAUGCCGACGUGAUCCAGCGCGCCUCGCCAGCUCUUCAGCCGGUUUACCCUUCAAUUGUGCCUCAAAUGCAGACCUGCGUGAGUCCUUACGACUACUCCUCCAUCUAUGGCCGACCACCGACCACCAUUCCUGUCACAUUACCUACAGUAUGGAGAACGGUAUGAAAGGUGGCCUCUUUCCUAGUUUACGCGCGUUAGAUUAUCUUGUCUACUUAGUAUAAGUUCAAAAGUACUGUUUUUGACUGUUUACUAUUUAAUGACAUUUUGAAAGGAUUAAGUUCUUUUGCAUGAGUGAUAGGACUUGAUACUGAACUUUCAAAGUGUUUUACUAGGAUUUUGCUGAUCUACUUUCAGUUUACUUCUAGUUUUUUUCUUUCAAGUUAUGUUUUGUUUCCAAAACAGUUAAAAAUCUGUAUUAUUUUCUGAGGAAAUAAUGCUUUUUUGUAGACUGUUUUUUUAUGGAUUGUUAGCACUGUUGGAGAAAUACUUACCCUGUUUUUGAUGAAAUAGAGUAGUAUUUCUGUUUGGAAAUGUUUAUGAAUUGUUUUUGUUUUGAAGUUUUGUAUUAGCAUAAGGUUUUUUAAGUAUUCAUGUUCUCUUUUAUAGAGUUAUUUCAUUGACUAUAUCUUUUUGACUAUUAAUACGGUUUAUGGAUAUUUAUCAUUAGAGUUAUCCAAAAUCCUCUAUCAUUGACUACACUAAGUAAAGACGCGUAAUCAAAGUUACUCCAUUUAUUGACUGGUUAUAGGCAUAUCUAGAAAUUCAUUUCAGCAUGUUUAACAUUCUAUAAUAAAAUAUGGCUUAAGCAAUUGUUACUAUAGAAACAUUUUUCAUCCGUCCAUAAAUAAGUUUGAAAUCAUUAACUGAAAUGAAAUUUUAGAUGUCCCUUUUGUUAGUUUGUUUUGUGACAACCCUUCAAUUAUAAAUGGGUUUCUUGCAAUUUUAAUUUUUGCAAGUUGAUUUGUUUACUUUUUUGGUUGACUUUUAGGCAUUAUUUACAGUUGUGUAAAGCAGCCAUGGUGGCUUCCUUGUGCUUAUACUAAAGUAUAAACAGAGAUAAGGCAUCGUUUGACAUACUGUUUAAGUUUAAAGUUUAUAUUCUUAAAGAAAUAAAUACUUUCAGUACAA